UUAGAUAGCAAUGGACAUUUUAGCCUCUUUGGCUUUUAUUUAUUUAUAAUAGUAUGUAAUUAUUGUUGUACAUGGCUAAUCGUGAUGUUUUCUCCAAGAUCUUGCCCAAUGUUAAGUUGGCAACGCGCUAUGAUGCAGAAGGGCGCGAAAUCCAGGUUGAACGCCGUGAGGACACGGAUGCUGCCGCCAAGGAGCUGGACACAUUUGAUAUGCUCGUAGCUGCCGGCUACUAUCGAGCACGCAUCAAGGGCUUAUCUGCAUUCGACAAAGUUGUGGGCGGCAUGACCUGGUGCAUUGAAUGCUGCGACUAUGAUGUGGAUGUCGACUUGCUCUUCCAUGAGAACCUCACAAUUGGCCAAAAGAUAGCGCUUGUAGAGAAAAUUGUUGCGGUUCUGAUAGACAUGAAAUGUCCCCAUAGCCUGGAACCGCAUCAGGUGCAGGGCCUGGAGUUUCUCGCCAUACAUCCCGUUAUCCAGUGGCUUGUUAAGACCUCGGUUGAAAAUCGCGAAGAACGCGGGCAACGCUUGAAGAGAUUUGCUAUUGGUCAGUUUCACCACGACUAUCAGUAUAAAAGCGACAAGGAUAAUCUCACAAAAAUACGCUACGCUGCUGUAAACAUAAAAGCUAUUCAGGAGCUGUACAGUCCCAAAAGACAGUUUGAGCGUCAGGAGGCCAGUGGCGACGAUGAUGCCUUACGCGUGCGUUUAACGUUAUUGGAAUACGGCGAUGCGGGCCCAGCGGCAAGGCAAAAUAUGGAGCAGCAGGUGGGAUCUAACACAGGGGAAAUUGAGCCUGAUCUGGAGAGGAAACUGCAACAGCUCACGUUCACAAAGGAGCCCUCACCAGCACCGCUAAAGCGUAUCGAUUUGGAUCCCGUCGCUCGUAGCGCUCUGCAGCAGCAUUACGCUGAAUUCAAGCUGGAAAUGGAGACGGAUGCACAGGAGCUGAAGUCGCAAAAUCAACAGAAACGCUUGGAGGCAGCCAAGAUAGCGCUGGAGCACAAGAUAAAACGUUACGGCAAAGAAAACGAGCAACUGGCAGUGUCUUUUGAGACGCAAAAGCAACAAACCGAACAACAAGAGCAAAAGCUACAAACGCUCAAAGCAGAGCUGGACUCGUACAAGCAAACAGAGGCGAAUGCCGACCCUGCUUUAUUGGAAAAGGUGCGCGGACUUCUGCAGCAACACGACGAGAUGAAGAAGAGCGAGGCGGAAUUCAAGGAAAGUUGCCGCACAGAUCUGGCCAAUUUGCAGCAGCAAAUCGACGAACUGGAGACGUUUAAUGCACAAGAUGCGGAGGCACAGGCCGCAGCCAUAGCAAGCGAGCAGCAGCGUUUGCAGGAGCUGCGUUUGCAUCUUGCAAAGCGCAAUCGCGGCAUUGUAGCCAUUGAGCGCAAACUGGACGCAAUACCCGAUCGCACAGAGCUGGCCCAGUACCAGCGACGCUUCCACGAGCUGUACAACGAGAUGAGUGCCAAACAUCUAGAAACUAAGCAAUAUUAUACACUCUACAAUACACUUAACGACAAGAAACGCUACCUGGAGAAGGAGCUGUCGCUGCUCAACUCCAUUUGCGAGGCCUACAACGAGGGCAUGCUCAGUCCACACGGACGUGAGGAUUUCAUAAAGCAAUUCGAGACCAUUGUGGACGGUGUGAAGAGUGCCCAGGACAAGGUGCGCCACAAAUACAACGAGGAGCGCAUGCGCCGGGAUGAGCUGAACGAAGAGCUGCUCAGUCUUCUCGAGUUACAGCGACAGUAUGCGGCCGCUGUCAAACAGCUCACCCGGGAGUGCCAACGUUGCGAUCAGCUCCAACAGCAUCUCAAGUCAAUUAAAAAGUAACCGAACAAAACGCAUACGCUAUUCCAAUAAUAAUAUUGUACAUUUAAAUUA